AUUCAAAACUAAUUCUACAACGUGACUUGCAAAAGGAACAUUUAUGCAUUAAUGUUAACACAUUAUCUGUUACACGAUUCAGUAUUUAUUCCUGAAAAGUAAGUCUCUUUUAGGCAAGAUCAAAGCUUCUUCAGAAAUGAAAAUGCCGUGUCUCUCAUGUUUGACUCUUCUUUUGAUGAUUAGCUACGCCGCAUCAACUGGGUACAAAAACUGUGACCAGCCAACAAAAGGGGAGAUUACAAGUCUCACCCUCUCCAGAUGUCCGGACACAAAAGACGUUUGUCAACUUGUCAAAAACACCCUGGAUACCAUAACACUCGAAUUUGUAUCUCACGUAGAUUCCAAUUCUGUAACUGGUGUAUACCAGGCGUACAGAACGAAAGAUGGAAAAGAGGAAGGAAAUCCUGAGACAAUUCCCUACUCUGAUUCUGACAUUUGCAAGAAUGAAAGUAUAAAAUGUCCACUAAGGAAUGGACAAUCCUACACUUACAAGAAUACGGUCAAUGUGACUGCACCAGACUAUGAUUACUUGUCUAAAUUUAUACUAAAAGAUGACAAUGGGGAUGAUAUUGUGUGUUUUACAGUUCCUAUUGAAUAUGUUGAUCAUUAUUGAAUAUGCUGAGAUAUACUUAAUUGUGUUGAAUGUAUUUGUCAUUAUUAAACAUGCUGCGAAACACA